AUGCCUGGCAUUAUUGGAUUUCAUAAGAAACCAUUCAAAUACCCGACGUCAACGACAGCUCGAGGAACAUCUUUGACAGAGAACACCGUUCGUACAGAAUGUGUCUUUGCACACGAGUCAUUGAUGAUUACCCAGACAGACGACGUGACAAAGCGGGUAUCUGUCAAGGUCUUACGACUGCCCGAGCCACCCAAAUUGACACCCAUCCGCAUGCCAGGUCAUCUGCAACGACGAAACACAGUUCGACGAUCUGUGAAACGACCCUUACCAGAAACUCGUCGACGGGUACAACAGCAAUUACAACAGCAAGAACAUCAAUUGCAUCAUCAGCUGCAACUGCAAAAAGUUAAAAAAGAGCAACAUAAACGACACAUACAGCUACGCGUCCUCCAGGAGCAACAGAAAGAAGAACUGCAGCAGCAGCAGGAACAAGACCACGGGCAGCAAGAGAAGAAGAGACAGCAAGAAGAAUUAGAACUAUCAGUACAACGGCAAAGGCAACACCAGCAACAAAUUCAAAUAGAUGACGAUAAACACAUAGCAGAUAGUAACCAGAAUAUUAGCAAAAAGAAGUCGACCAUCCCCGAGUAUCGCGAGAAGCAACACCACUAUCAUGAUUACUUGCACCCUACCCAUGCCAGCAACUGCUGCUGUUGCUUCAUGCCGGCUGUAACACAAACGCUACUCCAGAAACGCUCUAACGAUAUGCUAGCUCCUGACAAAAAAGUACAAGCCUCUACUCCUUCCAAUUGCUCCUCAACAUCGCUCUUUUCGAUCCGGUCUUCUCCUGCACCUGCAUCUCCACCUCCUCCUUCUGUUCAUGAUCCAUUUCAAGAGCAGCAGCAGCAGCAACGCAACAAAACAUUGGCGUCCAUGUUUCGCUGGAUUUCAUCUCACGUACAGAACGCCUUGACUGGUUGCAAUGUGAGAAAAGAGAACCGGUGCUCACCACUACUGCACCCUAAUAAUACAUUGUACAGCAACUACAGCCAUCUCAAUGUGUCGUGUCCUACGAUUGUUGCUCCAGCCAAUGACGACGACAACGAAUAUCGCCCACGGCCGUACAUGAGACGGCCAUCGCCACUCUUUCUGGACUCUACGAUCACCUUAUGAGUUUAGCAGGAAGGUUGCGCGAGAACAAAACAAGAUUGACAUCUUCUUUGUUAUACACAACACCGGGGAGAACGUGGUUUCCCUGAUACACUGUCGCUCUUCAUUUUAAAAUUAGUUGUGGUUACACACGUAUUCCCAUUCAUCGCCAUUAAUGUCGUGCGCUCUCAUGGUGUGGAUGCUGGUGGGGGGGGUUGUGCAAAGUGUAAAAAAACGCGCUCCGGGCAACCUCGCUCUCAUAUCUCUUCC